AUGCCUGAAAUUGAAUGCAGGUCUGGAAUGCAAAUGGCAGGAAAUAAAAAAGCAGCUUGGAAGCUUUUAGACCUGGAAAAACUGAACCAAGAUGAACUGUAUGCUAUCCUCGAUGAAAUACCAAGUGGCAGUGAAUCUGAAGGUUCGGAUGUAGAAAGUGAAGUAGGAGAAGGAUAUCUAGAGGCAAAUAACUUACCAGAAACUGACCUUCUUGACAUUCAGAAUAUGGAUAUUAUUCUUGAAGAGGAAAAUGACGUGGCUGUUGAAUUAGUCGCUGACAUGGGUUGGGAGAGCGAGGACGAUGUACCACUAGCAAGAUUGGCGACCAAUCAGUCUAGUAUUUGGACAAAUAACGAAAACUAUGUCACUACAACCAAUCCUUUCAUAGAAGUAACAGGUCCCAACCUAAUUGCGGAUGUAGAAACUCCGACUGACGUUUUUUUAUCACUUUUUCCUGGAGAUCUAAUCCAACAUAUAGUAUUCCAAACAAAUUUGUACUACCUUCAAAAACAUGGCGGAGGGGCUAAUUUUACUCCAACGUCAGAAGAAGAAAUAAAAAAUUUUUUGGGGGUCAAUCUACUGAUGGGCAUCAAGCAAAUGCCCAGUUACAGACACUAUUGGUCAUCCAACGACGAGCUUCGAGAUAAUUUCAUUAGUGCUGCUAUUUCACGGGAUAGAUUCUCGUGGUUACUAAGUCAUAUCCAUCUCAACGACAAUUCGGUACAACCGGGAAGAAAUGACCCCAAUUACGAUAAACUUUAUAAAGUUCGACCAAUUCUAUCUAAGCUUCGAGAAACAUUUCUUUCCGCCAUGAAUCCACAUGAAUUUCAAUCUAUAGAUGAAUCCAUGAUACGAUUCAAAGGACGAAGUUCAAUUCGUCAAUACAUGCCAAACAAACCAAUCAAGCGGGGCUACAAAGUCUGGGUUAGGUGUGACUCAACUGGUUUCAUGUGCGAUUUUCAAAUAUAUACCGGAAAAAUUGGCCAGACUACUGAAAAGAAAUUAGGGUUACGGGUUGUGAAGGACCUCAGCAGAGCUUUAGUAGGAAAGCAUCAUAAAGUUUUUUUCGACAAUUAUUUCAAUUCCGUUGAACUACAAAGAUCUUUAUUAUCGAAUGGAAUAUAUGCAUGUGGUACGAUAAGGAAAGGUAGAAAAGAUUUUCCUGAGCUGAAGUUAGAUAAAGAUAUGAAACGAGGCGAUAAAGAUUAA